GGGGGGGCAGGGAACCGCUAGCCCGGGAAAGGCACUUAUCCUAAAGCUCCACCCAUCAAGGUGCCAGCCCCGAGGCAAAACGCAACGCGACUCUAGGGGGCAGCAGUUGCAGGAAGUGACGGCGUGGCCAUAGGAGCUUGGACUUCCUUUUCCGGGUGCUUCUUUAAUGCUUUCUUUCGCUGUUUUCUCUCCCUCGCUCUCUGGCCCGGGGGCUUCGCUCCGUAGGAAGCACGUGCGUGUUGUUGCAGGGUACCUCAGUUAAAACCAUGACCAGGUGGGCACGAACUAACACAGCACAUAACAAGAAAGCUUUGAAAGCAACAUCAUGGGAAGACAUGAAGAAGGGAUCUAUGGAACAAGCAACCCCAAAUCUACAAAAGCAUAAACAGUUUCAUUCCAGUGGUCUCUCCCUUAAGAAUGAUGUACCUCAAUCAAAAAACAAAAAGAAAACAUCUUAUACCAAUCAAGAUGUAAAUGGGUUCAUGGAAUAUCUAAGACAGAAUGGAAAUGUGACUGCAGCGGGUAGCUCAGAAAUAAGAGAAGAAAUAGAAGUAGCUCUCAAAAAAGAUAGUCGCAGAGAAGGAAGGAGGUUGAAAAGACAAAAAAUAAAGAAAAAUGCAAAGGUUUGUUACCAUUGCAGAAAACAAGGCCAUGGAGUGGCUGACUGCCCCGCAGUUCUUGAGAGUCAAGAUAUGGGCACUGGAAUCUGUUACCGAUGUGGUUCUACUGAACAUGAAAUAACCAAAUGCAAAGCCAAAGUAGACCCAGCUAUGGGAGAAUUUCCUUUUGCAAAAUGUUUCAUUUGUGGAGAGAUGGGACACCUAUCUAGAUCUUGUCCUGAUAAUCCUAAAGGACUUUAUGCUGAAGGUGGCGGUUGUAGACUUUGUGGUUCUGUAGAACAUUUUAAGAAAGAUUGCCCUGAAAACCAGAAUUCAGAUCACAUGGUCACAGUUGGCCGUUGGGCUGAGGGGAUGAGUGCAGAUUAUGAAGAAAUUUUAGAGGCUCCCAAACCACAGAAACCCAAAACAGCAGUAGCCAAGGUUGUUAAUUUUUGAUAGCAGACAGAUACCACCUUAUAGUAUGUUAUAAUUUGAACUGGGACUACCCUUCAGUGUUAGAAUUGAGUUCAACACAAAAGGAAACAGUUCCUGAACAUAUACUGCAAGUGGAAAUUUGAUCACCUAAAAGCAUUAUAAACAAUAUGAGUGUUGUUAAAAUUCCUUUUCUGGAGUUUUGUGCACUGAAGAGGCAUACCACCAGCAUGAAACAUUUAAAAAACAAGCAUUUGGUGCUUAAAUUGGAAUUUCUGGGGGAAACCUAGUUCUUAACAAAACAGCACCUGCAAAUGAUUUCAAUUGAUAAGAAUCUUGUUUUCUUAAAAAUAAAUGAAAAAUAAUGAAAUAAUUUGAAGUCAGGAAAUUAGAUCUGCUUAUGGAGGUGAGCUUUUUAUAUUUUUUCAUAAAAGUUAUAUUUUUAAAUGUAAUUUAUUUUACUACAGUGGUAUUUUAAGAGCUUGAGUUUUUCUACUCUUAAAAUGUAUUCUGUUUUUGAAUAUUUUAUAAAAAUUACUUUUCCUGUCAUGACUCUUAUUUCCUAAAAAUUUCAAUUUGCUCCUCUUUUUUUUUUGUCCAUGUCAUUACAUUUUUAUAUUUUUGGAAACAAAGUCCCUCAUAAAAAUGGAAAAUUGAUCUGUGCCUUUUGGAAAAGGAGAAGAGAAUAUUGGGCUUGCCUCUACUUUGGUUUUGCUAAAGAUACAGAAUUAUAAUUAAGUUAAACAGAACUGAAGUCUACCAGCACCUGUCUCCCCCUUGCCCCUUGUCCUUGAUUUUGGCAAGAGAAAUUCUAGCAAAGGGCCAGGUGGAUAUUUUUUUGUUGCAUAGAGCAUAUGGAGUCUAAAACUCAGCAAUGUGAUCAUGUAUUUAGAUGAGUCCGAGUGAGAUACAAGCAGCACCAUAAUGGAGUUAGAGAACACUAAUCAGGGAGACAUUAGAUCCUUUGUUUUAUUUGAUGAAUACAUGCAUACUUAAUACAUACAUUUCACAAGACAUAACUCUGCUAUUGUACUGUAUAAUAGAGUGACUCGGGUGUAUUGUGUAUUUCAUUUGAGAUUUUUACCUGAUUGGAUACAUUUAUAACUAAAGGAAACAGCUGUGAUUAGUUACUGCAGCUUUGCUAGCAAAAUAUUUACCAAAUAAGAAAAGAGAUACUUUUCACUGUUGUCAUGUCUGGGGAACUGAACAAUGUUGUUGUUUUUUAACAGGCUUCACUGUUUUCUUUCUUUAGUGAAAUGAAAACAUGAGGACAGCAAAUAGAACUCAAUAUUCUCAGGGCUUAAAGAAUUGGAUAUAUAUAUAUAUAUAUAUAUAAUCUGAUGAAACUGAACUAGAAUAGGAACAGCCACCCUUGGAAACUAAAUACUCAUUUGCUUUACCUGCCAUAGAAAGAGCAGAAUUACUCUUAUGUCGCCUGAAACUGUAUGAAACUGCCCCUCCAGCUCCCUGUAGUUCUCUUCAGUCCUCAGGGUAGCAUCUCCUCUUCUAUUCUGGUGGCCCCUUCCUCUACAUUUUAAAGUAAUCUUGACCCUCACUUGUAAAAUAAUCAAAUCUACUUUGCUGAUGCCAGAUAUCUCAUUUUAAAAUGACAAACCUCAA